CUUGAACUCACCCUUCACCGUCGUCUACCCUCGUGGACUUUUUCAGAUGCUAAUGGACACUGAUAUUGUCUUGCACCCCAUACCGAAACGACAGCUCUCCUCCAAUACACAUGGAUAUCUACCGGAUUUUCCACCUGAGCUGCUUCAUAUCAUUUUCUGGUAUGCCACUCGGACACCCAGAGCGCUCGAGAGGGCGCGUCGGGAAGCCUCUUAUGUCCCAUUCCAAGAUUCCGGAUGGAAGUACACCUUAAUUACACAAAUAAGAGCCAGAAAGGAGGAUUGGGAGGUUAAGACAGCUAUAUCUUUGGUUUGCAAGACAUGGAAUAGUAUUGUUACGGAGUUUGUCUUCGAGGAGAUCACAAUUGGGCCGUGCGCACCUUCCCUGGAAAUGUUGGAUAUGUUCGGCCAUUGGGUUCGUCGUCUCGAACUGCAGCCAGUCGAGACAGAGAAUUGUUCUAUUAGACUUAUUGACAUACUCAGUCGAUGUCCUCGACUCGAAAUAUUGGCAAAGCUCUCAUCGGCAGACCUCGAUUCUCCGAAAUUUUGGAGCGGAUUCAAUGACUAUGAACCACCGUCACUUCAUUGCCUCAGACGCGUCGAUUGGACGUCGAGCCACCCCGAUUGCGGCCCUGAAGUCUGCCAUGCUUCAGAGUCAGCUUUCAUGUCCAUCGUUGCCCACGCUCCGAAUUUGAACCAUCUUUCUUCGUCGUCUACUCUACUGCUUGGUAAACUCUUCGAUAAAAACGAAGUACCAUUGUCGCCGCUAAAUAUUAUCCGUUUUCCUGUGGCGUGUGUAGACCAUCUACGGCUUAAUCCAAGCUCAGAGCCGCUGUGUCCCAUGCCCCGACCUUUCCGUGUCCCUUGUUUGACACACGUCAUCAUCGACAAUGCAGUCAUCCAUAGCCUUUGCCAUCUUUCACAACUUCCACAGUUUCCUCAAGUCGCAGUGCUGGAACUACAGGAUGGUGUUUUCUUGGAAGCAACGCGCUUGUCCAUCCUGUUCCACGUAUUUCCAAAGUGCGAGGAACUGGCUCUUCCGGCUGGCCAUGCUCAUAUUAUUAAUCACGAAUCCUCAAGACAUGCUGCAAAGAAGUAUUAUGCUUCAAUAAAGCGCAUUCGUUUGUUUGCAAGUCCAUUUGGCCCUCUCCGAAGCCUUAAUGCUUGGAUGAAGGUUCACGCGCAUGUUUUAUUCACGGAAUGCUUUCCGGCGGUAGAUACUGUAUUUCUUCACGGAGACUGGAGGUUUACUGUCACCGCGCAGCUCCUACGAGGUCUCAAGUCAAUGCUUCACGAGCGUAGUUGCUGGCUGGUAUACGAAAACGGAUCGCCUGUCGUGUCCUAAUUCUUUACCAGCGGAGUAGAAGGGAUUGUAAUCGCUAAGGGGUGCUAAUCUUGACUGUGUGCUGUUACUCACACUGUUUACUUCAAUUCGCAUGCGUAAUUAUAUUCAUUCCAUCUGCAUCACGCAUGUGUCCGUUCAGAUCUGGCU